AUGCGUACCGGCAUCCUCUACGUCUGCAGCCAGAGCACGGUGCUAGGGGGAGAAGCGGAGCCUGCAGCCUGCAGCCUCAAGGAGACAAUCGUCCUACCAGACACACCACAUACACACACAUAUACACACACACACACACACACACACACACACACACACACACACACACACACACACACACACACACACACACACACACACACACACACACACACACACAUAUACACACACACACACACACACACAGAGGAGAGGACACAGAGGAGUGCUGUGAGUUGUCUUGACCGCCUGCACCCCCCCCCCCCCCCCCCCCCCCAGGCGAACAUCGGGCAGAUGGACACACCGAAGGACAUGUGGAAGAUGAUCGUGGGGAAUCUGGCCCUAAUCCAGGUCCAGGCCACAGUGGUGGGCUUCCUGGCCUCCAUAGCGGCUGUGAUCUUCGGCUGGAUCCCAGAGGGUCAGUUCAGGCUGGGCCACGCCGUGGUGCUGUGUGCCUCCAGCGUGGCCACGGCCUUCAUAGCCUCCCUGCUGCUAGGUCUCAUCAUGAUCGGUGUGAUCCUGUUGUCCAGGAAGGUGGGUAUCAACCCAGACAACGUGGCCACGCCCAUCGCUGCCAGUCUGGGUGACCUCAUCACUCUGUCUCUCUUGGCGGGCAUCUCUACAGGACUGUACAAGGAGCUAGAGCACAACGACUGGGCCAGCCCCCUGGUGUGUGCUGUGUUCGUGGCCCUCUGUCCCAUAUGGGUGCUGAUCGCUCGCAAGAUCCCGUCCACCCGAGAGGUGCUGUACUCGGGCUGGGAGCCCGUCAUCAUCGCCAUGGCGAUCAGCAGUGUUGGCGGCCUGAUCCUGGACAAGACAGUGUCCAACCCAAACUUUGCGGGCAUGGCUGUUUUCACUCCUGUCAUCAACGGCGUUGGCGGGAACCUGGUGGCGGUACAGGCCAGCAGGAUCUCCACCUACCUGCACAUGAAUGGCCUUCCCUUAGGGGACCCCAACUACCCCCCCAGGAAGUGCCCCACACCCUGCAUCUCAUUCUUCGGUUCCUCGCUGAACGCGCGCUCCGCCCGCGUUCUCUUCAUGCUGGUGGCGCCCGGCCACCUCGUCUUCCUCUACACCAUCAACUCCAUGCGAGGCGGACACACCACCCUGACGUCCAUCUUCGUUGCCUUCUACCUUGGCGCCGCCCUUCUGCAGGUGCUGAUCCUGCUGUACCUGGCCGACUGGAUGGUGCACUGGAUGUGGGGGCGGGGCAUGGACCCAGACAACUUCUCCAUCCCCUACCUGACGGCCCUGGGAGACCUGCUGGGCACGGGCUUCCUGGCGCUCUGCUUCCACGUGCUUUGGCUCAUCGGGGACCGAGACACGGACGUGGGUGACUGAACCACGACCGUCGCCAUGGCAACGCGCUCAUGUUCGCCAUGGCAACGCGCUCAUGUUAACCAUCAGGCAUUGACCCAAAACAACAUUCAGACCGGCGACACACACACACACACACACACACACACACACACACACACACACUCGUGAGCACACAGGCUUAUGUGCAAGGCACACAAAUACAUAUCAGUACAAUUGAUACCCCGAUAUCAGAAUAUACACACCUAUCAAAAAAUUCACACGUAGACAGGCAGAAACACACACACACACACACACACACACACACACACACACAGACAAGCACAUCCAAACAACCACCCAAGCUUGCAUAGUGACAGACCCUUCCCGAUCAGCCUGAAACAUGAUGUGGAGAGCACAUACGUAUGGGCUGACCUCAACCAAGCUUCUCAUCUCAGCAGAAUCUUUAGCAAUGGACGUCAUCUUGAGAAAUCAUUCCUACUUCUCAAUGUGUGAAGGAAAAUACAACAUAUACAUAUAUAUAUAUAUAUAUAUAUAUAUAUAUAUAUAUAUAUAUAUAUAUAUAUAUAUAUACUUAUACCACGGUCUGGGGGAAUGCUCGAUUCUGAUUGGCUGCAGGGUGUGCAUUAACUCCUGAUAUACGGACACCUGCUAAGUAGUUCCAGUCAAAUUGUCUGUUCAGCCUCCUAACGAGAGCUGGUAAAUUGUAAAAAAAUAAUUAAACUGUAAUCAGACAAGGCGGUUAUAUGCUAUAGACCCUAGAGUGUCUGUGGUAUAAAGGCUGGGACGAAUUUCGAAAUGUAGUACAACGCAUAACGUUAGCUCUCUGGCUCAUAGCUGAGCGGACUAGAAUACCUCCCGUUGCCAAGUCGUAGCUAAGGUCCUAUUUACUGGAGGAGUGAACAACGAUCUGUUGCAUAAGAACCUUACGGGAGGGUAAUGUUUGUUCCAGGAAUUAGUCAAACCCUCAGGCAUUACCAGGGAAACAAAGUUAGGGCUUGUGAAAAACUUUAUAUUUGGAUUGUAAAACGCAUGAAAAUAUAAAUGAAUGGUCUUAAUUUAUUUACUUUGGCAAGUGACCUUGGUAUAAGCGGGAUAAUGCCCUUCGAGGGGUCCAUUAUCAGCAAUUAAUGGACUUCGUGGAGGCAACCGUCCUCCGCUGCGCGUCGGACGGUUCACGCCCCCCCGUCGAGCAUUAAUUCCUGAUAAUCGACACCAUUAUCCCUUGCAUAUAUAUGUGGGAGCAUAUUUUUAACCAGGGGAAGCAUUGUGUAUGAAGGCAUCUCAACCCAGCCAAACCGUCCAGACUUAGACACUGACUGCAGCUCUGCGGCCCCUUACACGACUAAACACCAGAGUCUACCGACUGUAUGUUCUCCUUAUUCUACUUUAUUUUGACAAUGAUUAUUCUAGUUGUUGAUAAUUUGAUAUGAAUCACUGUCUGUUUUGUUUCCAGAAGCCAGUCCUCAUUAUUUUCAAUGGGGAUGAUGGCACUGUUUGUAAAGAUGAGAUAAACUUUUAACACUUGAAAAAACUAUGUAUAAUUUGACAGCGCAACUGACAGAUGUUAAAAUACACGCACAGACAAGCGUAGAAUGCUUAAUCACUAAGUGCUUCUUUUAUCUAUAGAAAAUACAAAUUUGAAAUAUAUUGUAAUAAUUUUAGUUAUUGUAAUUUAGUAUAUAGGGCUAUGCCAGAGCUUUCUCCCGCUAUUGUAUCGUCUUUAUAACGAUUUAAUCUCUUUCACACUUUGGCCUUAAAACCGGGAGUCACGUUGGCCUUAGAAUCAAGAUGGUGAGUGUGGGCCUCCCCUUUAGAAGUGUCUUAACCCUCCUACCCUUACCCUUGAUACGUUGCAUAUAGGGCUGCCAUCAGUUCGUGUUUUGGUCGCGCUUUACUUUGAAACAUUUCUCCUGUCCUAUACGCCAAUGUAUUCCACUCUGGACCACGGGUAAUUUCUGGGAAUGUAAGGACCUUUUUGUGUUUCAUGUGAAUUAAAUCAUUUGAAUUGGCCUGUACGAUCGAUGUCGGUUAGCCACUUCGAGCCAAAUUAAAGUGAACCUAAUCAGAUGUUUUAUAGAUAAAUGUAUCUUCAUUAAAUCUGACCUUUUGAUCUGUUAAAUACCAACUUCAAUUUAAUUUGUCCUUCAUGAUUUUCACUGAACCAAGGUGGCCACCUUAUUAUCUAACCAUGUGGGGUCCCUUUAGUCGGCCUACUCUUUCCCCUGAAGCUUUCAUUUGCAUGUCUGCUAUUGUCUUUUACACUUGUUCAAGGCUUGAAGGUUUGCCUGCCAGAAUGUUCUAAUUGUUGUUGUUCCUGAACGGCGAGAUGAGACCUUCCUGGGCACACUGUUCCACAAGCCGCGACAAACCACUCGUUUCUGGAAACCCUCGUUGUAACCAGCUCACCCAGGAUACAAGCUACAUACUUCCAAGUUGCCUUUUUUCUAAAACAACAGAAACAUUCACAGAUUCUCUCUCUCACACACACACGGACACACACGGACACACACACACACACACACACACACACACACACACACACACACACACACACACACACACACACACACACACACACACACACACACACACACACACACACACACACAUAUAUACACAGUUUCCAUAUGGCUGGAAGGCGUUGUGGGAUUGAUAAACAGUGUCUUGCCCUCUGUAAGGCAUAGCAGUCAGGCAGAACAAAGAUACUUGGAAAGAAAAAUAAAGCACGAGUGCCAGAGCGACUGUACCGAGUACAUGUGACCAGAGAGAAAUCUCUUUGUUUAGGUCAAAUCCUGCAUGUAAUGCUUGACCUAUCCACAUCUUUUCAGAAAUAUGUGUUGUUUUGAGGGUCCACAAAAAAUAGCAUAUGCAGGGUACAUACCAUGGAUGUGCAAAACCUUGAAGAAUCCUGUCCUUUUGUUAUUCUUUCUUUUUGAUUUUAUAAAUUAGUGUUUGCCAAUUCUGUAUUGUGAGUCAAUUCUGGAGGCUUUUGCAACCUUUUUAAUUUCUUUGUUACUUUUAUUUCAUUUUUGUUGUUCUGUUAAUUGCUUCGUGUAAAGAACAUAGGAAAACAUCUACCGCAAAGUAAAACAACUUGUAAAACGCUACUCCCGUUCAGAGUACUGUAAUAUAGAAACGGGCGCCAGGGGGCAUCACUGUGAACUAAGUCACUGACGUUCUUCCAUGUGGAUUGUGCUAUCAAAGAGCCAGGCGCCGAUAGAAACCAGACCUUUAUAAACCUGUGUUCAGAAAGUCUGAGAUCUGUAUCCUCUCACCUCUAUUUUACAACCUUGUACUAGCACCCUGCCUUGUUUUCAAUGGAAAGUUGUGAAUACUUCUGUGGGGCAAGUUUUGUCUAUUUAUUUUUAGAUGCACACAAAGAAAAUUGUACAUACUAUAUUUAUUCUAUAAAUAAGUUGUUUAUUUUAUCAUUUCAUUUGGCACAGCUCUAUGUCACAGUUUUUAUGUAAUAAUGUUUUCCCUCUUUUUUGCAAUGGGCCAGUCAAAACUUUGUAGCUAGCCUCAAUUGAUCAGUAGUUGGAUAAAUAGCCCCACAAACACACCCUUGUCUUGCAUUGGGAACCUAUGUUCAGAUGUAUCAGGGCGGGCUUAAUCUAAAGUGAACCAAUCAGGAGCCAUGCGCACCACAGAGGUGUGUCUCUCUAAUUCACUUUUAUCAUUAACAGGUGUGCAGUAGAUUGAUUAUGAUGUUGUAAUUAUCACUUUAUAUUUGGGUUUAUAAGGCUAAAUAGCUGAGAAUCAUGGGAGACCAAACUGUCUUAUCUAACUCUAUAAAAUCUAAAACCAUUAAACUUAUUGUUAACCAAUGAUUUUGAGCACAAUUAGUGUGUUGUGUAUAGCCCAAAGGAUCCAUUUCUAUACCUAAAUCCAACCCACGGAACUACGUGCCAAGUACAGGUAGCCAUAUAGAUUACCGACACAAUAUCACUGGCCUUCUGUUCUAAAAAUGUCCCAUAACAAACUUCUAAUAUAUUAUAAUAGCAAAAAAAAAGUGUAUGCAUACUCAGGCAGAGGUUCAUGUGUUGCUUCUGGACUGCAUUGUCAAGCCUCUCCAGAAGGCUUGCUCUCUCGGCCCCUGCAAGACUUGGUGAAUUGCUGGAAUAAAGGACUUUUAUUAUUUCA